AACAUCCGCCAUCUUGGAGGAGGCAUACCGGGAAGGAGCAGGGCAGUCUGUAACCCCAUUGGUGUGAAGCGCUGGGGCUCUGUGUGUACCAGGCUGUCACUUCCUGCCGUGACGUGUUACCGGCGGCGCGUUGAUUUCAAUCUCCCCAGCUCAUGUAGCGGUUAUGUAGUAUGUGUAUGCCGGGGAUGUAUAUACCCAAGCGGUCUCCUGGGCCAUGAACGGGAAGCAGAGGACCCUGUUCCAGACAUGGGGUGCUGGUGUGGCCCCUGAGUCCAGGAGAGGCGCGCAGGCCCCGACCAAACAGAGUAAAGCGAAGACUGCAAGAAAGGGGAGGGGUGGCAGGUGCCAGGACCCCUCCCUCAGGGCCACCCCCCCAAUCCUGCACCCAGCAGCCCCUCAGCAUGAGGUGGGGGAAGAUGAUGAUGAUGUCAUGCUUGUGGCUGUCUAUGAAGCUGAGAGAACCUUCCAUCAGUCUGUUACCCCUGACAGUCACCAUGCCCAAGGCUUGUCUGUGCCCCUGGGCAGCUGCAGCGACCCCCCUGCCUGCCCUCCCCCUGAGGCCACUCACAUCCAGAAUUUGCCAGGCUUUGACCUGUCUGCUGGCAACAUAUGGAUCUACCCCACCAACUACCCAGUGCGGGGGUACCAGUUCAGCAUGGCUCACGCUGCCCUGUUGCACAACACUUUGGUCUGUCUGCCCACGGGCUUGGGCAAGACGUUUAUCGCUGCGGUGGUCAUGUAUAACUUCUACCGGUGGUACCCAUCUGGCAAAGUUGUCUUUAUGGCCCCUACCAAGCCACUGGUGGCACAGCAGAUUGAAUCCUGUUUUCGGGUCAUGGGGAUCCCUCAAAGUCACAUGGUGGAGCUGACAGGCAAUAUCCAUGCCCAAAGCCGUAAAGAAAUGUGGCAGAACCACAGAGUUUUCUUCUUAACUCCACAAAUCAUGGGGAAUGAUCUGAGCCGUGGUGCCUGUCCUGCUCCUGACAUCAAGUGUCUUGUCAUAGAUGAAGCCCAUAAGGCCCUGGGCAAUCACGCAUAUUGUCAGGUUGUACGAGAGCUGAGCAAUAAUACCACACAGUUUAGGAUCUUGGCUCUAAGUGCCACUCCAGGAAGUGAUAUCAAGUCAGUGCAGCAAGUUAUAACAAAUCUGCUGAUCAGCCGGAUAGAGCUGCGGUCUGAGGACUCCCCAGACAUUCAGGCCUACUCCCACGAUAGGCAGCUGGAGAAGUUUGUUGUGCCACUUGGUGGUGAGCUAGAGGCUGUGCAGAAGUCCUAUUUACAGGUCAUAGAAGCAGUUGCUGGACGACUGAUACAAACCAAACUAUUAAUGCGGAAAGAGAUUCCCAAUCUAACAAAAUACCAAGUCAUUCUGUCUCGAGAUCAGUUCAGAAAAAACCCACCUUCUAAUAUUGUGGGGGUUCAGAUCGGAGUGGUUGAAGGGGACUUUGCGCUCUGUAUAAGUUUGUAUCACGGCUAUGAACUGCUAUUACAGAUGGGGACACGUUCUCUGUACUACUUUCUGCGAUCAAUGAUGGAUGGGUCAAAAGGGAUGACUCGCGCAAGAAAUGAGCUUAGCCGAAAUGCCGACUUCAUGAAUCUAUAUCAGCAACUGGAAUCCAUGUUUUCUGCUUCUGACGGUGCUAAUGGCAAACAGCCAUUUAUCUACAGUCAUCCUAAAUUAAGGAAGUUGGAAGAAGUUGUUGUCCAACAUUUUAAAUCUUGGAAUAAGCAGGGUCAGAAUACGUCCAGCGAAACACCCAAAGACACUCGAAUCAUGAUAUUCUCCUCAUUCCGGGAUAGCGUCCAGGAGAUAGCAGAAAUGCUCAACCAGCACCAGCCCACAGUUCGUGUUAUGACCUUCAUGGGUCAUUCAUCUACCGGGAAAGGGGUGAAAGGUUUCACUCAGAAGGAACAGCUUGAGGUGGUGAAGCGGUUCCGGGAGGGAGGGUAUAAUACUCUGGUCUCCACCUGCGUUGGAGAAGAAGGUCUGGACAUCGGCGAGGUGGAUCUCAUCAUUUGCUUUGAUGCUCAGAAGAGUCCUAUCCGUCUCGUGCAGAGAAUGGGACGAACUGGGAGGAAGCGCCAAGGCCGGAUAGUAGUCAUAUUGUGCCAAGGACGGGAGGAGCGGACUUAUAACCAGAGCCAAAGUAAUAAAAGGAGCAUCCAUAAGGCCAUUGUGGGAAAUGACACAUUUUUCCAACUUCACCAUCAAAGCCCCCGUAUGGUACCUGAUGGGUUAAACCCCACAGUACACAAGAUGUUCAUCACACAACCAACCUAUGAUGUUAAAGAGGUCCCCAAAGACCGACGUUCUAAUCUGGUUCACCGUAAAUCCUCCUUGUUCUUUAAUGGGGAAGCCCCAGACAGCAUGCAAGACUGGCCUCUAUCACAUGCAGAGAUUGAGACAUGGAAGCGCGAGUAUCGGCUGGUGGAGUCAGAUGGCAUAACAGAUGUCACUCUGCCCAAAGCACAGUUUGGAAUCUUCAGAGAUGCAGACACCAGCCCUGACCCAGUCCCCGGAAAUGUGCGCGAGCUCUCCCUGUCAGAGUGGAAAUUGUGGCAGAAUCGUCCUUUACCAACGCAUUCGGUUGAUCACUCUGUCCGAUGUAAGAAUUUCAUUGCUGUCAUGGACCUGAUUGAGCAGAUGAGACUGGAGGAGAAUGGCUGCAACUAUGAUCUAGAAAUGAAAUCAUACUUACAUAAAGAAGAUGUUCACCCAUCAAAGAAAGGUACUAUAAAUAGAGAGGUUUCUUCAAACUGUAAUUCAAAGCCAACAAAGAAGUUUAUGCUCUUCAAAAAACAAAAAAAUUGCAAGAAUCCAAAUUCAUUUUCCAUGAUUGAAAAUGAUGAAGAUUUUAGGUUGGCGUCCAAGACAUUUCUGAACACAAAAUCAUGGUCUGUUGAACCAAUAAAUACAGUAUUUGUGGCUGAUGGUUCAGGAAGAGAAGAAGCUGGUGUUGCAGAAGAGGAUAUAGAUGUUGGUGAUGACAAUCACAUGGAAACUGAAUGUUAUUCGGAGGUCUCUAACAAUCCUCCAGAUCUGUCAGGAAAGUCGCUAACAAAUUUCCAACGUACAUUAUUGAAGUCUCCAAGUACAAAGGACUUUGGCUACCAAAGUCUUAGCGAAGACACAGCUUCUCUUUUAUCCAGUUUGUUUUAUACACCUCCUACACAUAACUGUCAAGGCAUGUUUGCAGAUGACUGUAUUUAUGACCUGAGACACAUGAUAUCACGUGUAAAGAAAUUCCUAACAUAUUCCCCUCCAGCAUUGAGUGAACUGGAUUCUCUUGGUGACAUAGACCUUUCCAAAGGGUAUUUACCAAUCAAGUUAUCUGUAUUACCAUGUGAACAUUCUCAGCGCCACGUUUCAAAUGUACAGGAGUCCCACAAGUCUAUAAAUCAACUGGAAUAUUUAGACGAUGAAAUGUGUGCUACCAGGGUAGAAAAUUAUGAACAAAAGCCACGUGACAAUGAAGUUUAUGCUUUACCAGACCACGAAUAUGUUAAUAACUGUGAAGUAGAGACGAUUGACACCAAUGGACCUGAUGAUGAAGCACAAAAUGAUCCCCAAUGGGAUGAUAUCUUUGAUUGUGAUGGUGAAGAUACUUACAUUGAACACCUUGACCCUCCUAUAACACACAGUCAUGUCCAGAACCACGAUCACAUUGAAAGUCAUGAAACAUACAUUGAAGGCAUUCCUAAGACACACAAUCCCUUUACGAACCAUGAAAAGAUUGAAAAUGGUGAAAAUGAAAAUGUAGCUUAUCCUCGUAGUGCGGGCCCUGUCCUUAAUCAAAAUAAGACAAAGCGUGAUGACAAGGACAUUGAGGUUCCUCGGGCACAGAGCCCUCUCCAAAACAAUGACAUGGUAGAAAGCCAAAAUCAUUCAGAGGAGACUGAACUCAACUCUUUUCCUGAGCACUUAGAGGUCAGCUUUGAUUUAUUUGAGGAUGAAGCAUUUGCUGAGAUAGACCAAUUGAAUUUGUAUGGGGCAAGCACAGAAAACAAACCCAAUAAUGGAAAGACUGCUGUGAAUUUUAACAUGUUUGAUCUAUCUUUAUUAAAUGAGGACAGCACAGAACAAUCAGAAAACAAGACUUGUUUGAACGUAAAUGAGAACAAACAGCACACAGAGGGUAAUGAUGAGUUUGAUGACUCUGGGGAGUUAUUUUCUGUCAAUUUUGAACUUGGAUUUUCUUUUGAGGAUGAUGAUGAUGAUGCAGAAGUUGGAAACAAUGAAGAUGGGCUAUUGGAGAAUGAGUGUGGGGAAGAAACCAAGCACUUCAAGGCUUUGAGUCCUCCCCAGAGGAGUAUUAUUGGUGGUUGCAUUGUGUCUACUCCUGUAACCUUGGGAAUUCUAAAUCCUACCUUUGAAAGAUUAUCUGAAAAACAGACUUCUCUGUUUUCACCAUUACAGUCCCGGACACCUGAAAAGUCAUUAUGUUCUUCAUCAUUUCUAACACCAUCAACUAAGAAGUUGAAAAACUGUGAAACGUCUUUCAGUUCUACACAUAAAAAUGAUCUGUAUACACACACCACCCCAAAAUCUGGAAUGAGGACUAUCUGUUCACCCACAGUGAAUGUUAAUCCAUAUGCUAUGGUUGGCCAUGCUACAACUAUAGGUAGCAGCCCCGAGAACGAGGACGUUGUCGUUUUCAGACGGAAAAGAAAAUUAACCACCGGCAGUGUCCUUAAGUCACCGGAGACGGCAAGCAGCGAGUGUGAUUUUGACUCACCGAUGCCUGCUGCUAAGAAACGCAGACAUGUGUUUAACACAAUAGAUUCGGGUGAUGACGAUGAUGAUGAUGACCAGUUUAGGGGGCUCCAAAAUGAAGCGAGAAACUCUAAGCACACAAAGAAGAAGCAUUCAGCCAGACAGUUUCUAGACGAUGAGGCCGAGUUGUCUUCUGAAGAAGCAGAGUUUGUGUCAGCUGAUGAGAGCGUUGACUCAGAAAAUGGGCAAAACACUUCCCUCGUGGAAUUUCUCAAUGACAACACUCAGCUGUCUCAAGGUCUGAAUGACUCUGAGAUGCACGGAGUAUACCUGAAGUCUGUACGCAGCCCAGCAGUGGGAAACAGAUAUAAACUGGAAUACAAGAAACGCAGUAUGGCAGUCUUCUCCCAGAUUCCAGAACAGGAUGAGAGCUACAUGGAGGACAGUUUCUGUGUGGAAGAGGACAAUGAGGCAGAAGAGAAUGAAGAGUUGUCCAGCACAGAGGAGGUUCAAGUGGACUUCAACCUCCUCCAGCAGGACAGCUUUGUUGAAGGGAGGAGGCAGUAUUGUACCAGACGUAGGUUGAAGCUCAAAGGAGCUCAACACAAACAAACCAAAGUCGGGCACCCAGCAAAAAAGAAGAGACGGAUUAUCAUUCACAGUGACUCUAGUGAUGAAGAAACGGGAAUGAAAGUCAAAUCACCGCCUCCAAAGUUAUCAAAUUUGUCCUGUUACUCCAGACCGCCAUCGGGGAACAAAGAUCUAUCAUCCGAAAAGAAGGACACAUUAGAUGUUCCGCUGCAAGACCGGUGUCAAGUGAGGAUUAAUCUCCAGGCUUCUCUCUCAGACCAGCUUGAUUUUCAGUCAGAAAGUAAAUCUUCUCUUAAUAUACAUAGACCCAAAACACCGAAUGGGAUUAUACAUUAUCCGGACAAGCUGGAAGAUAGCACUACAAAUCUCCCUUCUGACUCAGCGUGGAUGGAUUCCGGGGCAGUAAACAUUCCCAGAUCCAGCUUAACUAGCACAGCCCUGUGCAUCCUCGCAGACAGCCGGGAGAUCUCAUCUGGGCCAGAGGUCAUCUCUUUCCUAAAGACCGGUCAUGGGGUCAGAGUGGACAUUUGUUCUCUGGGAGGCUGCGACUACAUCGUCAGCAACCGCUUGUGUGUGGAAAGGAAAUCUCAGUCUGAAUUCUCAAACAUCACCAACAGGAGCAAACUGGUGGAACGGAUCCAGCAUUUACACAGCAUGUGUGACAGGAUUUGUCUGAUAGUGGAGAAGGACAGAGUAAGACCAGGAGACACCUCACGGCUGUUUCAGAGAACAAAGUACUACGACACCAUGUUGUCCUCUUUAACCAGUGCAGGAGUGCAGGUUCUCUUCAGCUCCAGUCAGGAGGAGACGGCAGGGUUGCUGAAAGAUCUGGCCUCGUUGGAGAGGAGAAAGAACAGUGGAAUAUCCGUGCCCGUCCAUGUGACCGGUCACAAGCAGGAAGCACUGACCUUUUAUCUAUCCAUUCCUAACCUCAGCCACAUCACAGCCCUAAACCUGUGUCAUCACUUCAGCUCUGUCAGACACAUGGCAAACAGCUCUGUCGACGUUAUUGCCAGCAGGGGAAAAGUGAGUCGGCAGAAGGCUGAAGAAAUCUAUCGCUACCUGCGUUAUCCAUUCGAUCCACAGAUGCUGCCAUCCAGUGAAAGACGGAAGUAGAGUCUCAUAUAAUCACUGAAUAGACUAUUUUUGGGUUAUUGUUGGUUGGUUUUCCUAAUUCUAUAAAGGGGGAAAUCUUAUUGCAGUGCAAUUCUUUCCAACCCUUUGUAUGUCUUUAGCCUAUGCACUUUAUAAUGUGUUUUUGUAUAAUAUGUAAAUAAAUGUUUGAAACAAA